AUGGCCGCACAGGGCCCCAAAGCUCCAAUCAACCGCCAAACCACAGCCCCCUUCCACCUCAAGCUCUUCUACAGAGUAAACAACUACAAUUCCCUCACCGACUACAGCAUCCAAGCACCCCGACGCAGUGGCAGCGGCCCAAACUCCAUUCGCCCAUCAUCACCCACUCCACUCCCACAACAUCUAGAAAUCUACACCUGGCAAUCAUGCACACUGCGCGAGCUCUCCCAGCUCCUCACCUCCGCUCUACCACGAUUACUCCCUGAUCCCGCGAUCGGCACCAGACUCUGCUUCCGGCUGAUUUACCCCGACGCGCGCGGCGCUGCAAUGAACGGACCCGACGCCCGAGGCCGGUAUCUGAGUCGCGAUCUGGGAAGUGUCGUCGUCGCACCGAGAGAUACCCAAGACGAAGAGGCGAAGCCAAGGAUCCGAUUCCAGGGUAAUGAGGCUGAUAAGCCAUUGCAUGAUGAGCGGUUCAUUGUUGGUGAUUACAUUGAGUGUGCUAUCCUGCCUCCUCUUGACGAUGGCUCUGUUGCGCCGGUGCUGAGUGGUGCGUCGGGUCCAAUGUCUGGUCCGCGGGGUGGUGGUGGUAUGCGCGCUUUCAGGGAGAAUGGAUUCGGUGGGUAUCCGCGUGGUCCGAGGGGACGUGGUCCCCGUGGUGAUCGUGGACCUCCGCAUAUGCCUCAUGGUGAUUGGAAUCGUGGAGAGAGAUUGCCGGAUGGUGGACAUCGGGGAGGUCGUCGUGGUUGGGGACCGUAUUGA